AUGGACGACCAGGAGGACAAGAUCGGCGUACUUCCAGACACGAAUGGACAGCUUCAAGCCGAGAUCGGCGGACUUCGAGACAGGGUCCGGCGCUUGGAAGGCGACAAUAAAGAAAUUCGAGCCACAAACAAAAAGCUUCAAGCCACGGUCGGACGUUUGGAAGGCGAAAAUGAAGAACUUCAAGCCACGGUCGGACGUGUGGAAGGCGAGCUUCAAGCCACGGUCGAGCGUUUGAAAACCGAGCGAAAGGACUACGACAAGAUCAAUGAGAAGGUCGCGAGUCUGGAGGUGAAGCUGAACGCACAGGCCAGGCUCCACAGCGAGGGGCUGAAAGUCCUGGACGACAAGAUCAAGAAGCAGGCCAAGACGAUUGAGUCGCUGAUGAUCCCGGCCCGAGAUAUCUGCCUACGCGGUAUGCUGAAACGAUGCCGUGAGAAACUUAUGGCCACGCUACCGGAGCGCCGCACGGCUGAGCCCAGAACUGCCUGGCUCCAGCGCGCUACAACGGACCCAUUUGUCCUGUGGGUCUUCGAUCAGUGCCAAGCCGUCUCCAAGCGCAUUCACAAAAACUGUCCUGGAGAGGAAGAAGCGAAGGAAGUACUGAAGUCUCUCAACCAGGACAAGGACAAGGACAAGUACAAGCAGUUGUUUGACCACCUAUAUCCAGGAUGCCGUAAGUGA